CUCUCUCUCUCCCCGCACAGUAGAGAGUUUUUCAUCACCUCUCCGUUCUCCGCCAUGAGCAGACUGAAGGCGCUGAGGCGGUGUGGCGCGGCGCGUUAAGUGAACCUGUGAGCUGCGGACAUUCCCGCGUGAGUAAAUGGGCUUGGAGGUUGACCGGGCGGAAUGUAAAGGAUCCCGUGAAGGAUGGGAGGAAAAAGCUCCUCUGCUGCUGCGUUCCUGCCGCCGCCGCUGCUGCUGCUGCUGCUCGCCUGCAUGUUCGCGUCUCCGGUCAGCGCCGACAGCCUAUCCGCCCCACUGAAUGUAACCAUCAAGACCUUAGAGGGCAAUGCGGCUGUGGUCACAUGGGACAUCCUAGAGGGAGAUCCGGUCAUCGGCUUUGCCAUCACACAGCAGAAGAAGGACGUGCGCAUGAUGCGUUUCAUCCAGGAAGUGAACACUACCACUCGCUCAUGUGCAUUAUGGGAUUUGGAGGCUGAUACAGAGUACAUUGUCCAUGUGCAGUCUAUCAGCAUGAGUGGCACAAGUCCUCCUAGUGACCCUGUCCUUUUCCGCACACCAAAAGAGUCUGAAAAAAUGGCCUCCAAAAGUCCUGAUGAUGUGACAAUGAAGGAGGUUGGUCAGGCACAGUUGAGGGCCGGAGAGCUAAUCAUCAUAGUAGUGGUCCUGAUCAUGUGGGCAGGUGUAAUAGCUCUCUUCUGCCGUCAGUACGACAUCAUUAAAGACAACGAGCCCAACAACAACAAGGACAAAGCCAAGAACUCGUCGGAGUGCAGCACCCCCGAGCACCCUACAGGUGGUCUACUGCGCAGCAAGGUCUAACCAACCACAGGCAAUAACAGGCUUUAGCCUCAGGACAUAGCUGAGACAUACCGGAAAGCCAUCAAAUGACAUUAUUGUGAAACACGAGUGCCCAUCUUCAUUUGAAAAGACUUUUUAAUACCACAAAUACGGACCCCUUGGUGCUUGUCUACGAAGUACACAAAGACUAUGAUACACUCUAGUACAUUUGACGAGUCCACUUGAGCACAUCUGAAGAAUGAAGCCAAGACCUGAGAAUUGAAAAGUGCAUGACCGGGCGUUCCCUCGGGUCUGGCUCCAAACAGAGACGUUCCCUAAGCUCUGAGAAGAGAGAACUAGAAAUCCCAGGACACUCUGCCUCCAGCGCCGCCUCGCACAGAUAAGCAAAAUGUGUCAUCGCCUUUGAGGGAAGACGAUAAUAAACCGGAAUCGUGCUAUGAAUGAAGGGGAACAAUUUUUUUCCCCCCAAAGCUUUCUCUUCUUAUCAGUGCUGAAACAGGAUCAUAUGAGGAAGGGGAUAAAUUGAAGCUAUUUCACGUAUCUCUGUCUUUUUCUCUGCAUAUUCUCUAUUUUAUUUUUUUCAAUCUUUUUUUUUUUUUUGCCUCUUUUCGUCAUGCAUUUCCUUUUCUUCCAACUCAUUUUUCCUCGCUUGAGGUUUCUUUUCCACCCUGAAAAGGAGUCACCGCUGUAAACGUGAUAAUGUGUAUUGGUGCAGUGUGAUCUCUCUCCAUAAGCACUCUCUCGCUCUCAGGGCAUUCGAGUUAAAAUCCAGAGGAUGAAUAAUACAGUGGCUCACGCUGAACCUCAUCCAUCACACCAUCCACAUCAAUCCCAUUGCGAUAUACAGUAUAGACGAUAUAUGCGUAUAUUAUAUUAAUGCAGUGAUGGAGAAUAUAUUUAAUCACUCGUGCGCCUUGAGUAACUCAAACAGCUUGCCGUCGAUGAUGAGUAUAUAAACGUAGAGUAUUUAUUAAGUUGCUUUGCUUCUCAUUACCUGGUAACGCUCAUGUUUUAUGAGUACUGCUAUAAUUAUGCUUCUGCUGUGACGUAUGGCUCCAUUAGAGAUUCCGGUGCCUUUCCUCCCGAAGCGUUUUCUUACCAGUGUCCCAUCUCCUUCAAGACCUUCGACGCCCUCUUGUCUCAUUCUUGUGUAAUAAAUUUAUGGUUUGACAGCUUAAGUGAAGUAUGCGAGAUGAGGGAGCGGUUUGACAGCAUGUUAUUGGAGUGUCAGGACAGAUGGACUUGUCACUUACAGCACAGUCGCUGACGCGGACUUCGUCCUCCAGGGACAAACUCAACAAGUCGUCGGUUUACAGGAAGCAAUAAGAACAUGCUUAAUGCAGGUCAGAGGUCUAGAAAGAAUUGAUUUGUACCACGACAGGGCGUGCAAAUAUGAGGAAUGUGUCGGACAUGUGCGGAGGCAGUACAGUUUUGCUAUAAUAAUGCUUGAUAUCUGUUGACACACAAUAUCAUUUAUAGGAAAUCAUUUAUUUAACACUUAGAUCCAAGAGUUAGUUUGUAUGCUCUAGACUAAGCACCAAACUAUUACUUCAAACUUUUUUGUAAUAUGUGUUACUUAUAAAUUCAUGUUGUUACUGGGACUAUAAUUAUUAGGGAUGCCACUCCGUCGAUAGCGUUUUUCAAACCAUGUUUCAAUGCGUUUUCUGUUUGUUUGUUUGUUUGUUUCAUAUUUUAUUCUGCUCUGGUUAUGUUUCCUGUAUACAGUAUAUGGCAGCCAUGAAAAGCUUGCGAACAUAUCAACAUACACUUUCACCACUAAGCUUGUACUUUAUUACUGUACGUUAGCAAGCUGAUUUUAAAUGAUGUGCAUUAGCUAGCCAUGUUAGUUACUUUGGUGUUGUACUUUUUUUUAGUUACGAUGGUGUUGGAUUGCAGAGCAGAGUGGGUUUUGUUCUACUUUGGAAAAGUGUUUCAAUACAGCUGUAAACACAAUAGGUUUCGUUCUUCAGAAUCGUUCGUUGUCGAUAACUCAUAACGGGUUCGGUGUUGCUAUUUUUACUCACCUUGCGUUAUCCAGAGACGUUUUCUCUCACAUGGCUAGCGUUUACUACGUACUCCUCUCUCUGGUUUCUGGUGUUAAAGGAAUAUGUUGUGAUAUUUUCACAGAGCACGGUAUACGAUCUGCUUUGACUUUAGUUUAGUCUUUUCAUUUGAGCAAUGAUGUAUUCUCACAUCACAUAUUAUCAUGUUCUAUCGGAUGUUGGUAUUAGAGUGAUUUACGAGAAGAAAUAAUUCAUGGUGUGCCAGUAUCGGGUAGCAUCCCUAAUCAUUAUAAUUACUACAACCUGGCUGCAUGUCGUGCAUAUUAGCAAUAAUAAUAUUGCUACAUUCUGUGGUUGUGUUCUUUGCUGUGAUAUUUAAACCCCCAGUGUUGAAUCCUGGGUGAAGACUUUACUUUUUACUUUGUAUUAAUCAAUACAACAGCACAUGAUAAACCACUUGGUGACAUGUUUAAGGGCUUGUUUAUGUAUUUAUUACAUAUAUCAGCCAUCAGAUAUAUUGUUAUCUCAAUUUCCAAUUAUUGAGAUUAAAGUUUGAGAUUCCGUUUAAGAAGCAGUAUAUCAUGCGGCUCUUCUCGGCAACGAUUUGUAUUCAGCUGCGUCACUGAUUGAUGGCAGUGUUAAUCAAGUGGGUUGAAGAGUACUUGAAGGAGUCUCACUGCAUUGAAACAUCCCCCACCCACACACACACACACACACACACACACACCCCUCACCUCCCGUCCAGACAUACAACCGUUACAUUGUCAUAGUGGCAGCCAAACGGAGUCAUCUGUUCCUUCAUUUGUCAUGCCACCCCAACUGCCAGCAGAAAAAACUCUGUACUUCUCCUCUAAUAACUGCUAAUUAACCUUGGCCGGUGGGGAGAAAGCAGGAGGGCCGCCGGGUGAAAAAUGCCCGCUAUCAAUAUCGUGUCUGGGCAGCUUACAUAAGGCAGAGAGGAUUAUGUUUUCCCUUCUACAGAUCAUCGUUUUUUCUACCGCUAAGUUUCUGCUCUAACGGAUACAACGUGAGACAGUAAAUGAGAACGAGAAUGUGUACCUAAGCAUUGUUCUGCUGCGUUGACCAGAGCUUGUCCCACACAUGACCCACAAAAUAAUGAGAGAAAAUAAUCAAACCCUCCUCUCACCAUCAGUAUAGGCUUUGUUAAAGACAUUUACACUUACUAGUCGUUUAAAACUCUGUGAAUGUAAAAUGGCAGACUCUUAGUAACUCUUUCAUAAACUCUCAAGUAGGACAGCUUAAAAGAUUCUGAAAUCAGCUACAUUCCUGCUUUAACCCA